AUGUCAUCCAAUGUUCACAAUGAGACUGAUGUGAAGACUACAUCGGGUGUAGUGAGGGGUCAGACAAUACAAGUGCUCAAUACAAAUGUGUACCAGUUUUUGGGUAUACCUUAUGCCGAACCACCGGUGGGUGCGCUUAGGUUUGCUAAACCACAACCCAUUGAAAAGCCUUUAGAAGGUAUAAUAGAUGCAACUAAAUUUGGCAAUGGGUGUAUGCAAAAAGAAUCAGGGUUUACGGGAAUGAGUUCACCGAGUAAUCUAAGUGAGGACUGUUUGGUACUAAACAUAUGGACACCUAAUGUGCGAAACAAAGAUCAGUUAUCCGAAACACCGGCACUAAAACCAGUCAUGUUUUGGAUUCAUGGCGGAGGUCUGAGUUGGGGGUCGAGUGAUAUGUAUGGUGGCGGACCACUGGCCACAUAUGAUGUGGUGUUUGUGUCCAUAAACUAUAGAUUAGCUCACUUUGGCUUCUUAUACGGGGAUCGGGAGGACGCGCCUGGAAAUCAAGGUUUUUAUGACCAGUUAUUGGCUCUUAAAUGGGUUAGAGAAAACAUCCAUGCAUUUGGUGGGGAUAGGGAUGAGAUCACUAUAUUUGGUGAGAGCGCCGGCAGUUGGUCCGUAUCGGCACACAUAUUGUCUCCCCUAUCGAAAGGGCUGUUUAAGAGGGCUAUUAUGCAAAGCGGAGCCCAACUUUUCAACAAAGACAGGGAUAUGAUCACCAAAUCUGAAGCUUUAAAAGAAGGUAAGGAAUUGGCGAAAGACUUGGGUUGUAGUGAUUCUGAAGAUUGGUUACAAUUUUUGCGAAAUGUCGACCCAAAGGAACUGGUGGCUAAGACUAAGCCAUCGACACGACCAGUAUUUGGCACUGAGUUUCUGCCCCUUUCCGCACAAAAGGCUUUUGAAAUCACAUCUCUACUGAACUGGGCGUCGGUAUCAGUAAAAAGGUGUGCCCUGGCCGGUGUGAAACCCAUACCAAACACAAAGGGUAAGUCCAUAAUGUGUGCGGUACGGGAUAUCUCAUCAUCACAUUUAAAGAUCUCUGCGAAUGCCUUACACUGA